CGUCGAUUGGAGCUCAGACAGAUAGUGCUCUAUUUCUCGUCACCGAGACUGCUACACAAUGGUCUAAUUGAUAGAAUUUAACGUCUAUAUCAGAUCUACCUCACCUAUUGCAUAUAUACAUACAGCCAGUCUACCGUACCUGACUGCGUAUGGAUUAAAACCAUGACCGUCUAGCAAAAGCAGCAAUCGAACAUAUUGAAAUCGUUGUCAUGAUGCUACUCCAAUACCUUUUCUUAAUCUGCACCCUCGCGUUCCUCGCCGUCGCCAAUGUCGAGAAAACGAUCUUCAUCGCUCCGCAACCCCUCACCAUCCCCACGGUCGAUCCUACCCUCGAUGACCUAGGUCUAGAUCGUCUCUCCCCCUCUAGUCCCGUUCUUCGAACCAGAAUAAACGCUACAUUUCCGACCAACGAGUCCCCGGGUACAGACUCAUGGUAUUUCCUCGAGAACCUGAACCCCGGCCAACGGUAUGAGGUGCGGGUGUGUUGGUUGGCCACUGAACCGACGGUCUUUACCUUAGCAACGCACACCCUUCCACAAGCCAUUGAUAAUCCCGCCCUCUUCUCCUCGAUCAGCCUCUAUUCCCAAGCCCAUCUCGCCUCCCCUCAGUCUAACGCUGUUCCUCGCAAAUUGUCCUCGUUUCAUGAUCAAGCACCUACCUCUGAUUCAGUGCUCUUCCUUCGUGUCACUGCGGCGGCGGACUACUUUUCUCUUAAUAAGACACUAAUGGAGAAUGUCCCCCCGGUUGCAGCGGACAUCAUCCUCGAUCCCUUUUUAUGGAACAUCUUCCCGCAGUCGCUGGUACCGACGGCAUGUUAUAUAUUUGUUGUUGGAUGCUUAGCGGUGGUGAUCGGAUGGUGGGUGUUGGGAGAGCUGGGAAGGGUCGUUGAUUACAUGAACUCACAGCACCCGGAUGAUAAGAAAGAUAAGUAAUGAGCUAAGGUAAAUAUAUAUAUAUGUAUUGGUUGUCUGUAAAAUUCUGGAAGAACAAUGGCAAAAUGCUUGAAUAUCAUCUGGCUCAAUUUAUGCAAACUCUAAGUUUUAAAUGGCCUCAUCUAGAUGUAUUACUUGCGUGGCGAGGGAUUAACAUAACAUAAUUUCAGAAACACA